GGGGACCCCCAUUGCUGCUGGGGGAGCCCUGGGACCCCCUAAUUUCUGAGCUUGGGGACCCCAUAAGUGUGUGGGGAUGACCCCUGGGAACCCAGGCUCACAGGAACAUGGGAGGGAGCCUUGGGAUCCCAGAACUGGGAAGGAAGAGCCCUGGGACCCCCAGAAUGGGGAGUUGGAGCCCGGGGACUUUCAUUGCUGGUGGGGGUGGGGCCUGGGGACCCCAAAACUGAGGGGGGGGGAGGGGGAGAGAACGAUCCCCGGGUCCCCAUCGAGGGCUUGGAGCGGCCGCGGGCGGCCCCUGGCGGCGGCACCGGGGCUGUGCAGGAGGAACGGGCUGCCUUCGGGCCUUCCCGGCUGCCUUCGGGCCUUCCCGGCUGCCUUCGGGCCUUCCCGGCUGCCUUCGGGCCUUUCCGGCUACCUUCGGGCCUUCCCGGCUGCCUUCGGGCCUUUCCGGCUACCUUCGGGCCUUCCCGGCUGCCUUCGGGCCUUUCCGGCUACCUUCGGGCCUUCCCGGCUGCCUUCGGGCCUUUCCGGCUACCUUCGGGCCUUCCCGGCUGCCUUCGGGCCUUUCCGGCUACCUUCGGGCCUUCCCGGCCCCUCUCACGCUCUUUCGGUCCUUUCCGCCUCUCCUCGUCCCUUUCCGUCCCCCCUCGGCUCUUUCCGCCCUUUCUCGGUCCUUUCCGUCCCCCCCGGUGCUGCCGGUGCCAUGGCCGGUGGUCGCCGCUCGCCGCCCGCUCCGUGCUGCCCCGGGCGGGAGGCGCUGCCCGCUCCGUGCUGCUCGGGGCGGGUGGCCGUGCCCAGCGUGCACCAGAGCCUGUCCGAGAUGGACUUCGAGCGGGGGAUAUGGGCAGCGGCGCGGGACGGGGACGAGGCGCGGCUGCUGCAGCUGCUGGAGCGGAGCUGGGACCCCGCGGAGCCCGACCUGGCGGGGUACACGGCCCUGCACUACGCCAGCCGGAACGGGCACUUGGGCGUGUGCCGGCUGCUGCUGGAGCGGGGCGCUCCGUGCGAUGCCCGCACCCCCGGCGGCGCCACCCCGCUGCACCGCGCCUGCUACUGCGGGCACCGCGCGGUCACCGAGCUGCUCCUGGCACACGGCGCCGACCCCGCGGCCGCCGACAGCGACGGCAGAACCGGCCUGCACAAGGCCGCCGAGCAGGGGCACCGCGAGCUCUGUGCUCUCCUCCUGCGCCAGCGCCCGGCCCUCGCUGCCGUCCGCGAUGCCCGCGGCCGGAGCCCGCGGGACGGGGCUCACCCGGCCGUGUGGGACCUGCUGGACACCUGAGGGGACACGGGACAGCCAGGCCCGCUCCCGGGACUCCUACUUCCGUGUUCCGCCAGCAGGCCCCGCCCACUGGCCCCGCUAAACCAAUCCACUCCCGCCUUUCCCUGUGGUGCCGCCCUUCUCCCCACAGCCAAUCAUAUACGGGGGGCGGAGCCUCUCGGUGUAAACAACCCCCGCUGCGGGGGGGGGGGGGGGGGAUUUAAAGGCGCCGCGUCCUUUAAAGCAGCCCAUGUAACCGUGCCCCUCCCCCGGUAACCGGGAUCCCCCGCGGCAGCGAGCACACGCAGGUACAGAUAUAGAAUCUUUAUUAACCCAUCUGGCAAAAAACCCCCUCCAAAAGCCCCAUGAAAUCAAAUUCCACGGUCGGUUUCACAACCGGGGGGGGGGGAGGGGCAGAACCGGGAGGGGGAGGUCCCGCCCCCCGCCCCUUCCCCCGGAGCUCCCCAAAAAUACAAAUCAAACCUGAACAAUAAAUAGGAAUUCCCGGGGGUAGGGGAGAGGAAAAGGAGGGGUUUGCAUAGAGGAAGAUUUAAUAAAAAAGUUUGUUGUUUUUUU